UGCGUACUACAAAUACACGUGUAAACUUCCGGUUAUCAAAGACUGCAAUAACUUUGUCCAAAUACAAAAAAAAUGGGUGGAAUUUGGAGUUAUUUUUCUGGUUUAUUUGGAACAAAAGAAAGGAGAAUUUUGAUUUUAGGUUUAGAUGGUGCAGGAAAAACCACAAUAUUAUACAGACUACAAGUUGGUGAAGUUGUGACAACUAUUCCAACAAUUGGUUUUAAUGUUGAAACAGUUCAGUUUAAAAAUUUAAAAUUUCAAGUAUGGGAUCUUGGUGGACAAACCAGUAUAAGACCCUAUUGGAGAUGUUACUAUAGUAACACAGAUGCCAUUAUAUAUGUAGUAGAUAGUAUGGAUAGGGAAAGAAUGGGCAUCUCAAAACAGGAAUUGUUCUCUAUGUUAGAGGAAGAUGAAUUAAGAAAAGCUGUACUUGUAAUAUUUGCCAAUAAACAGGAUAUAGAGGGCGCUAUGACACCAAGUGAAGUAGCUAAUGCAUUAGGACUUACAGCAAUUAAACAUAAAUAUCAGAUAUUUAAAACAUCAGCAAUCAAAGGGGAAGGACUAAAUGAGGCAAUGGAAUGGACUGCAAAUACUUUAACACAACAAAAGUGAAGUACAUAAGAACAAAGACUAUAUUUAUUGGAGUUAUAAUGUGACCAACAAGUGUGAUGAGAAAAAAUACUGAUGGAGAUCAAGAAGUAGUGCUAACAGAUAUAAAAACCAGUACAUUGUAAAAUUGAAAUAUUAUAUAUCGAUAUUGUAUUUGCCAUCCAUAGUAUUCCUUGAUGGUUGUUGGAUGACAACACUACAGAAAUUUGGCUAAAAUCCGCUUGACACAAAUACACAACUUUUGUUAAAAGGCUCUUAAAAUUUCCAUGGUAUUGUCACCUAUAAACCAUGAUGAAAAGGUUGUCUAUAAAAUGUCAUUGUCUCAAGACAAAAUAAUCUACAGUGUUGAGUAAUUUUUAUAUAUUUAUGUUUCUUGAUCCCUUUUCACAAAAAAUCUUACAACAAAAAUUGAUUUGAACUCAUACUGAAAUGUUCGUGGGUUAUGAUUGUAUUUUGUAGCAAGUUUCUUUGGUGAAAUUGACACGUAAUGACUUUAAAUUUAAAGUUGUAGGUAUUUUUUAAUUAAGAUUUGUAGUUGAUUGUCUUGUAUUUUCAAUGAUAUUUCUGUGUAUUGAAUACCAGUUAUUGCUGAUGUAAAUGUAAUGUUUUAUCAAAUUUCUGAAUGCACUAAUAAUGUAUGAUUGACAAAGGUUUUAUCCUUCAUUUUCACAUAUUGUAAAAGUUUUUCUCCAUUUGAAAUAUAUAUAUACAUAUGAGUCUAAAUUACAAAAAAUGUAUUGCUUAAAAUGAAAUGCAAAACUUAAAGAUAUUAAAAGGUCUUAAAGAUACCAUCUGAAUUUUAACUGAGUGUAAAUAAAUGUAUAUCUAUUUAAUACUCAUACAAACAGUAGUCUCUAAAUCUUUAAACUCUGCUACAAUUUACUUCCCCAGCUUAAUAGCUUUUCAUAGAUUUAAAUCAGAUGUAAAAAGCUGGGUUGGUUCUAACUUUUACCAAGCAUAAUAUAUUGUGUGUACAUAUGGGGGAUUUGUACAUUCAUUUAUAGAUUGAGGCGAAACAUGAUACUAAUUAUAAUUUUUUUUUCUUGUAAAAAGUUUCUUUGGAAUUAACAGAAAUUCUAUGUGCACAAUGUAUUUGGUGUUUUUUUCUUUCUCAUAUACAUUUAACUUUUGUUAGUAUAGUUACUAGUAUUGAAUUAUAUUAAUUUCUUCUUAAAUCUUAUGCAUACAAUAUAAAAAAUUUCUGACAUUUUCUGAAGAGAAAAAAUUGUUGAUAUGUUAACAUGUUUAAAAGUUGUCUAAAAAUAGUUUUCACUCUACAUUUUACUGACUACCAGAAAAUAAUCCACAUUCAGAGGCAUUAUAAUUUGAUUUAGAGUAUCAACAUAAUUAAAAUACAGAUCCAUUAAUUUUCAAUUUUCUGUAUAUAAAAAUUUGUUGUAUCUAUAAAAAAAGAGGGGAUUCAUAUUGUGGUGUACUUAAAUCCAUCCAAUUCAUUUAUUUAACCACAUCUUUUAUAUAGUCACAUUACUUUUUAUGUUCAUUGAUUGAACAUAAAGUUUUUGUUAAUUUUUUUUUAAGCAACAGUGUAAAUGAAAAUAUUUACUUUAUGAAAAAAAUUAUUUAAUUGUUUUUAAUUUUAAAUCAUGCAGUUUAUUUAUAAAGUGAUCAAAAUUUAUUUUCAAAAUUAAAAAAAUCUGUUCAGAACUGCGUAUUAAACAAUUAAUAUAUACAGUAUUAUAUUUUGUACCACCUACAGUGAUGUAGAAUUAAAUUGAAUCCUCCUCCCUUCUAAUUGUAGUAGCGGAAGGGUUUCCGUAAAAAAAUAGUUUUUUCUUGAUUGAUUGAAUGUUUCAUUUAACAAAUUUUGAUUAACGGGAGAGUUUAUGUCUAAAAUUGUUUUUACAUAGAUAAAAUAUGUUUCAUUUCAUGAUUUUUGACUAAGGGGGAUGAGUGUUUCCAAUUAAUUUUUCGUAGAUUAUUGAUAUUGUUCAUAUAAUGAUUUUCAAUCUAUUGUCAUGCACACACAUGUGACCAAGUGGAGUUUAUACAUGUAUGUCUUUUGCUUGUUUUUGUGAGGUUAUUUAUUAUUGUUUAUUGAGAAAAAAGUUUUAUUUUAUAAUUAUACAUUGAGAAAAGAAAAUAUAAAAAUAUUACAAGUCUAA